AUGGAUUGGGAAAAUGUCGAUAUAGAUAUCGAUUUUGGUGAAAGCUAUCCGAUUGUGAAAUAUGCAACGUUCCUCUGCCAUGUUCUCUUUUCACCUUUGUCGGGUUUCAAGUCUACCGCAAACUUGGAUCCUUCUAAAUGGUACAUUGAAACUAAACAAACUAUCUCAUUCCCAUCCCAAACGUUUCAGAAAUUCGUGUCCAGCGGUUGUGUGGAACAUCUCGAUUUUCUUCCUUUGUGGACAGCCACCGGAGACUAUUUUCAGCGUCUGCGCGAAGUCGAGACCGGGCGUUCGUUUCGCAGUUUAGAUGAUUUACCGCGUGAAGUCGCCGCUACCGCAUCCGGACCUCCAUUGGCUCGCACAAACGGUUCAGUUUAUGUACCGUCCGGACAGGAAGUUGUCCGUAUCAUGCACGCGAUGGAUCGUAAAUGUUUCCAAUCAUGUAGCGAAUCACAACUACUGGAGCAUGCUUUUUAUCCGGGCGAAGAUCCGUUCAGUCUGGCUUCACGUGUGGCCGCCAUGCACGAAUUGACCGAACGUAAUGGAUUGGAUUUUAUGUUCACAUAUGCUGAUCGCCGUCAUUGUGUUCGGGACUAUUUAACCGAUUUGUCUCGGAUGGCUGGCAUUCAACAAGUUUGUUGGUUGUUGGAAGCUAUGAAAUUACAACUGGAACAUGAGAGCAUCGGAGAUCAACGCGAACUGACCCCAUUCAAUUUGGAUGAUCCAGGCACACCAACUGUCGGUCCUGCAGCGAGCGUUACUGGACAUCAGCGCAGUUUGGGUGCGUGUCAUUUGUACAAUCUACCACCAUGUAUGGUGAAAGAUUUACUGUUGCGUACGUUGAGGGCCGGUCAACUCUUCAGUUGUACUCCAACUGUUUCCGACCGUAUGGAGAGCCUAAAUGAUUCCACUGGACAACAAACAGAGGAGCCCAGAACACCGCGUCGUCGGUUCCGCAUUCGUCGUCAACCAGAGACAACGUCUAAUCGUCCCAGUGGGUCUGUUAGUCGUAUACCGGAUGCACUGUUCCAAAGGCAGCUCGAUGGAUGCUUGGGUCGUGUCCCACCCACGUUUUAUCAAGCAUUGUACACCAUUUUGGAACGGUCGCCUCAUGGUGUUCUCAUUUGCAAUAAGCUGCUUUCACAGAAACCAACUCUGACCGAUAUGACCCCGUACGACUUGAACUUCAUCGAUGAGGUCGAAUGGUUGUUACGUCCCAUUGGCGAUCCAGCAUACCGGUCCUUAUUCGUGGAGACAGUGAUGGUGAUUGCUGUGAUCCUCGAUCGAAACAAAGAACUCUCUUUCAAAGACACAGUAGAUAUCAAACUGGUCAUUCAAGAUGCGAUGGCAGCAUUCACCAAAGAUCGACACGAGCAUGCGUGA